AUGCAGAGUUUCGUCAAAAUUCUAUUUGUUGGCCUAGCAGCCGUACUCCUGCUGUCGGCAGGAUCCGCUGAAGCGGGUAUUCGUGGAGUGCCACCAUUGUAUGUGGAGACGGGAAAUUUGGAAAAUCCUCUCGCUCGUUUGGAGGAACGUGCUGAUGUGCUGAACUAUCGCCUGCCCAACGAUACCGUCCCUGUGCAUUAUGAAGUUGAAUUGACCACAAAUGUCCAUGAUGGUACUAGGAAAUUUACUGGUGUGGUUAAAAUUGAUAUAACCGUUGUUGUACCAACCACAAGUUUGGUCCUCCACGCCCGUCAAUUGACCAUAAAAUCGGCUAAGAUAAAGAGUGCCACCUCGGCUAGCGAAGAUUUGAACAUCGAUUACGAACAGCAACGGGAAUUUUUGACCCUGACACGUAAGACUAACGUUAACUUCCCAAAGGAUAGUAAAUGGAUAGUCACCAUUGAAUAUGAGGGUCAACUGCGUACCGAUAUGGGUGGUUUCUAUUUGUCCACCUAUACCGAUGAAAAGGGAGAGACGAGAUAUUUGGCUACCACGCAAUUUGAAAGUACCGAUGCCCGUCACGGUUUCCCCUGUUACGAUGAGCCCAGCAAACGUGCCACUUUCACCAUUAUCAUCAAUCACAGCCCAACUUAUAACGCCAUAUGCAACAUGCCGGUUGAUGAAAAGGCAUCAACUUCUGGCCGCACAGUUUUCCAAACCACUCCCAUUAUGCCAACCUAUUUGCUUGCCUUCAUUAUAUCCGAUUUCGAAUAUACCGAGGCGGUUAUGAGUGGAAUUCCCCAACGUAUUUACUCACGUCCCAGUGGCAAACAUGAACAAGAAUUUGCCCUGGUUUCGGGUAUGCUGAUCGUUGAACGUUUGGGUGAAUAUUUAAAUGUUUCCUACAUGUUGCCGAAAUUGGAUCAGGCUGCUAUUCCUGAUUUUGCUGCUGGUGCUAUGGAAAAUUGGGGCUUGGCCACGUAUCGUGAAGUCUAUAUGCUGUACAACAAGGAAACCUCAACUGUGGGCUCUCAGACCUCUAUUGCCAGUAUCAUUGCUCACGAAUUGGGUCAUUUUUGGUUCGGUGAUUAUGUAGCCGUUAGGUGGUGGACUUAUACCUGGUUGAAGGAGGGUUUCGCCACUCUCUUAUCCUACAAGACAACUGAUCAUGCCUAUCCUGAAUGGGGUGUUUGGCAACAAUUCCAAACCGAUGAUUACCAAUCGGCUUUGGUAAAUGAUGCCAACAGUUCUCCCCGGCCCAUGACCCAUUAUGUACAAACACCUGCAGAAAUUCAACGUUCCUAUGAUUAUGUAUCCUAUGCCAAGGCUGGUUGCGUCUUACACAUGUGGAACAAUGCCUUGACUGAUCCAGUUUUCCGCAGAGGUUUAUACAACUAUUUGGAUGCCAACAAAUACAGCAGUGCCGUUGAAGAACAGCUUUUCACUGCCAUUCAAACUGCGGCCAAAGAAGAAAACUUUGUCCUGCCCGCAGACAUCGACACCAUGAUGGGCUCUUGGUCACGUCAAGGUGGUUACCCUCUGUUGACGGUUAAACGUAAUUACGAUGAUGGCUCCUUCACCGUUAGCCAAACGGCUUACUUCAACGAUGAAAAAUUGCAAUCGGAUAAAACUUGGUAUGUUCCCUUCAAUUAUGCCUCGAAAUCGAAAUCCGAUUUCCGUGAUACCAGAGCUACCAACUAUUUGAUGAAGGUCCCCAGCACAGAGGUCAAGGCCAAUUUGGGCAAGGAUGAAUGGUUGAUUUUGAACAAACAAUCGACUGGUUUUUAUCGUAUCAAUUACGAUGAAGAAAAUUGGCGUCUUAUUGCUGAGGGUCUCCGCGAAAAUCCUUACAGGAUUCAUCCCCGUAAUCGUGCCCAAUUGAUGAAUGAUGCCUAUCGUUUCACUUUAUCCAAUCGUUUACCCCAUUCCGUUCUCUUGGACUUGUUCACCUAUUUGCCCAAUGAAGAUCAAUACGCCCCCUUGUCCACCGUCAAUGGUAUUAUCAAUGUCUACAACCGUUAUUUGAAUGGUGAUGCCAGAUAUUCGGAUUUCCAAAACUUCUUGGCUGAAAUGAUCGCUCCUGCCUAUGAAAAAAUUGGUGCCAAUGACAUUGAUGGUGAACAACAUAUGCAGAAAUUCACCCGCAACUCGGUCAUCAAUAUGGCCUGUUUGGCUGGUGUCAAGAGCUGUCUCGUGGAUACCAACAAUAAAUUGAAGGAUUUAAAGGAACAGGGUACCCCCGUUGAACCCAAUGUUAAAACUCAAGUGUUCUGCCAUGGUCUUAGACAAUCCGAAGAUGAUGUGUUCCAAUACUAUUUCCGCACCCUUGAACAAUCCUCCGAUGCGACAUUCCGUCGCUUGCUCAUCAGUUCGUUGGGUUGCUCCCAAAACGAGAAGCAAUUGCAAUUCUAUUUGGAAAGUUCAAUUGAUCAAAGCAACCAAUUGCGCCCCGCUGAACGUACCACCAUACUCAAUCCAGUCUACUCACGUGGAUCGGUCGGUUUGAUGGCCACUUUUGAUUUCCUCGACCAAUACUGGAAUGCUUAUGGCAAUUUGAAUGGAGGUUCGGGUAAACCUUUGGAUACAGCUUUGCGUGGUAUGUCCCAGUAUGUUGUGAACGCCGAACAAGAGAAACGUCUAUUGGCUUUGGUUGAUAAGGUUAAGGGUACCGCUCAUGCCACCAGCAAUUUGGAGUCCACGGUCAAGACAAACAUUGAAGCAAACAAUAAUUGGUUGAAGGUUCAUCGUGAUCCAUUGAUGGAUUGGUUCCAAUCCUAUCAUGCCAAGAGUGGUAGUGCUGCUAUUACCGGUUCCAGUAUGGCUAUUGGUGCUCUAAUGAUGGUGGUUAUCUCACGCCUUUUGUAG